AUGGCCACCGCAUUGCAUUUGCCACCACCUGAUACUGGUCCCGCUUUCAACGAGGCUGCAACGGGCCUCAUCUCUCCACACAUCCACAUGAGCAAUCUCGCCAACCGCCUCUCGGCUUCUGACUUGGAUGUCAAGAACGACCGUUAUCCCGUGCUUCCUGCUUCUGCACGACCCAUUCCUUGUGCCACAAAGCCUGCUCCGUUGUUUCCUGAGGGCCCAUCACGAGGGAGUUGGGUCAAUUAUCCGAUCGUGAACGGCUCUCCGAGGUCAUGGGUGAGCGAGAAGUUCAUGGAACCACCGAUUGAGGGCCUCGCUCUUCAGCAAGACGCCUUUCCAGCCACGCAUCAGCCGCAGUCCCCGAACGCAGAAGGCAUGUUAACGGCCUAUGGCAUGCCGUCUGGGAGUAGCCCGCGUCUUGCUGAACGCUUCAGUCGGGACGAGCCGUCCCAGCGCCGACCGUCACAGGGUGGCUCAGCAGAGCUUAAUCGCGCCACGGCGGAUCUUGUGCAGGGCCAGGACUUGGGACAACGUGUGUCCACCUACAGACAAUCGCAAGUGCAGGAUCAAUAUCAUCCCAGCAUGAUUCCUUCUUCUCCUCGUCAUCCGCCUUCCCUCGUCCCUGGUGCCGCGCCAGGUCCCAGCGUUUCGCCAAAUUCACCAAUGGUCGGAUUCAGUCCCGGUCCAUCCUACAGCCCGGCGGGGAUGCAGGUUCACAUAUCUCCGAAGCCACGCGCCUCUGCACAAUUCCCGACUUACAUCACUCCUGGUCCCGGACAGAAGACUGCCAAUGCUGCAUAUGCUCCAGCGCAGAUUCAAAAGGAGGAGAUAUGCAUCGAGUGUGCGAUGAGGGAUCAGGAUAUGGCCGACGUAGAUGCGACGAGUCCGGGUGUUUGGGAACGAGAGAGCGAUGUUCUCUUCGAAGAACUCAUCCGUCGCGAGCAAGAAGAAGAGGUUACCGGGAUCGUGCAUCCCGAUAGUAUUGCACGACCGCGGUCAAGGGGCCAUCCGUUGUCAGAGGAUAAUCUCGCAAAGUGGCUCAGUGUGAACCCUAAAGAGCCAUCAUCACGGCAGCAAACACUUGACUCGUAUGUUAGGUCCCAGCGUUCAUUGCUUGAAGCGGACGCCUUAGCUCGCGCGAAGGCGAUGCGUGAAUCUCAACAGCUGGAAGACAAGAUGCGCGACACGUACUCUCAGCUUCGACGCUCCGCGUACGAGUUAGGUAGCAAUACCCAGCUGGCAGAUGAUGGCGUGCGUAUCAAGGCCCCACGGUCGGCCUCGGUGCCUCUUGCCCCCAAUGGGAAUGCCAAUGGUCGUGAAGUGACAUUGCUCCAGAAUGGGAUGAUUGUCGAGCAUGUUGACGUUCGCAAGGAGGAGAAAGAUGACCGUGACCGCAAGCGGCGGGAAGAGCGCGAUCGGAGCAGAGCGAGAAAGUCGUCCCGUGGCUCUGCUAUCGACGUAGCUUCAGUAUAUUCAAUGCCCAUAUCCAGUCAACGAUUCCAGACAGACAGUGGCUACUUCUCUGGCGCGAAGGGCAACGACUCACGUUACUCACAAUCGUUCUCCCCGCGGCCGAGUAGUGUGCUCACUAUGGGUGACAGACCACACAUGUUGCCUCGAGCCUACUCGCAGGCAUCUUUCUCAGAUAUGCAGAGUAUUGGCUCCACGUCAUCGCCAAGGCGAUCGCGGUUCUUUGGCUUCAAAAACCUGACUGCAGGCUGGAGAAGCCAGGAUAGUUUGGCGCCCUCAGGUAGCAUGAUAGAUAUGCAUGUCGCUCUUCAGCGAGAGCAACAAUAUCUACAAGAUCAUCCUGAAGCCGAGCUGGGCAGUACUACACCCACGCUACAUUUGGCCGGUGCGUUUGGUCAAGAAGAGGAGACUUCGCGGACAGAAUCCCCAGCAACUCAGGCUCCUAAAAAGAAGAAUGGUUUCAAGAAGUUUUGGAAAAUCGUGACUGGUGGAUCAUCGAAGGGUGGAUCAUCUUCAAAGGGCCGUAAUCAAUCUCGUUCCCUGGAGAAACCGGAAGAUGAUGCUCCUCUGGCUCCCCCUCCGCCAAUUUCUUACUUGGUAAACCGAGAACGAGGUAUCUCCUCGAGACGGCACGUAUCCACCCCCUCACUACCGUCAUCUGUGUCACCUAACACAAUGUCUUUGUACGCUACAUCACCGACUGCACCUUCUAGUGUUGUCCCAUCUCCCACGUCUUCGCGGCAGCCUAUUGCUGACAAAGACAACAUUAGUGACAACCGCAAGGACAGCGGGAACCACGAUCUCGAUGAAUACCACAUUGAUAUCAACUCACCCGAUAUAGAGGGUCGAGGGCGUACGACUCAGAGCUCUUCUAAGACACUGUCUAGUUACAAUGGGCCACAGACGCCUGUAUCUGCGACUUUAGGUGUGCCUACCACUGUUCGGCGAGACAAAUCCCUCCCACCUUUGCCAGCGGAAUCAUCCGUUGAAUUCCCCCAACAUGCUAUGCCCGACUCGCGACCUCAGACGAUGUUCACGUACGAUGGAAGGAUGUCUCUCUCCCGUGAUCUAGUUGCCCCUCAAUUGCUUCCCCCCAGUGCCCCUUUCCGUAACGCUGAACCACGAAGGCAGUCGUUCAGCGGUUUGGCAUCAUCUCCACACCCUGCUGUGCGAAGCCUACCUUUGAAGGGUGUUUACGGUCGCAUGACGCCUGGUCCAGGAUCUCCGUCGUCCAUAUCCGAGGCUCGCUACGGUGAAUUUGGCGCAUCCAAGCUUUCGCUCGGGUGGGACGCUCUACAAGGGACUCAGACUUCCAAGCCUAAGCAGCGGAAGAGCAGGUUUGGUCUUGCCUCUCUGUUUAGCAAAAAAUCGUCUGGCGGUGGUGGUGACAACAAGGAGAAUGGCGCCGUUGAAGCAGAGUAUGCCGCGUCCACGUUCAGGACGUCUGCGUCCGACAGGGAGGACGCCACGACCGGUAACCUGUACGGUGGGUCCGGGUCAGCUCACAGCAGCAAUGUUCAGAGGAUGUCGAUGGCGUCAAGGAAGAACAUCGCGGAGUUGGUUGAGCAAGAUUCAGAAUUUGUCGCAUAUCGGUACCCCUCGACAGACCAGCGGCUUGAUCUGCGAUAG